AUGGUUGAAGAGGUCUCAUUUCCUCUUGUUGAUGAAAGUAUUCCAUCACCUUCUCAGCAAGAUGAGUUUCACUCUUCAUCUACUCAAGAGGAAAGUUCAUCUUCUCCUAUGGAAGAAGAUGACAACUUUUCUUUCCAUAGUGCACCCAUCUCGGAUGAAGGCAGCUCUAAUCAUUCCAAUGAAAAUAAUAGUUCAAAUGAUGUGUGGACUCUUGAAUUUGAUGGCAGCUGCGCUACAAAUGGAUCUAGAGCUAGUGUAGUUCUUAUAUCUCCUAAGGGAGAGAUCUUCCCUUACUCUUUCAAGUUGCAAUUUGCUAAUACUAACAAUAUGGCUAACUAUGAGUCGCUUUUGUUAGGAAUGAGUGUUGCAUUGAAAAGAGGAAUCAGAAAUCUUCAUGCCCAAGGUGAUGUAGAAUUAAUUGUUUGUCAAGUGAGAAACAUAUAUCAAACUAAGAAUGACAGACUCAAGCAUUACCCCAAUUUGGUAUGGGAAAAUAUUGAAGAUUUUGAUUCUUUCAAUAUCUCAGUUGUUCCUCGUGAAUACAAUGAUUGA